AUGUCUACGCAUCACGAAACCCAACAACAACAAGCUCAAGAGCCACCAUCGCGAACUUCUUCUAGUAGUCAUGCAUCCGAAUUAAGCGAUGAUAGAACCACGCAGCAUAACAAUGACCAAGAAAAAGGGAGAUUGGAUAACAAGGAAGAUGAUUCCGAUCCGAAUGAUGAUCCACCUCCCGAUGGUGGCUAUGGCUGGUUUAUUGUGCUAGCUACAUUCCUCUCACUCUUUGCAGUUUUUGGGACAAACAUCAGCUGGGGUGUCAUGCAAGAUUACUUUGAGCAAAACACGUUUGGUGAAUCAGCAAGAGUGGAUCUCAGCUUUGUCAGCACGCUGAUGCUUAUUGCUACCACGUCCGGAAGUUUGUUUAGUCGCAUCUUUGAGAUCGUCCUUGGUAUGCGCUUUGCUUUCCUUCUUGGAAGUUUGCUCUAUACGUGUGGAUUAGUCGCUGCUGGAUCUGCAACCGAGAUUUGGCAUUUGUACCUUGCCCUAGGUCUAUGCAACGGUCUAGGUGAUGCUAUUAUUUAUGGGAUCGGGAUGCGUGUUACUCCACAAUGGUUUACAAAAAAGAGGAGUACAGCCAUGGCCAUGGCUGCAAGUGCCACUGGAUUGGGUGGUUUGGUAAUUCCAUUUAUCAUGACAGCCUGCAAUGAAAAAUUAGGUGCUUCAUGGACAUUCCGAAUCAUUGGUCUUGGUUUCCUUGCUUUCAAUCUCACAGCAUGUGCUUUGAUGAAGGAAAGGGUGCCUGUACAAUCCAAGCUGACAGGUGUGGGUGACUUUUUUCGACCUGUCCUUCUCAAAGAUGUGAACUUUUCAUUAUGGGUCGCGGCAGCUGUCUUUCAGACCUUUUAUUUAUACAUCCCACCUUUCUUCAUACCUUCUUAUGCCACAUACAUUGGCUUAACAGCACCACAAGGAUCAGCGCUCGUUUCGGUUCUUUCAGCUACUAAUUUUGCUGGUCGUAUAGCAGCUGGUAUACUCGCUGACCGUAUUGGAUGCCUCAAUGCUAAUCUUAUCUACGCCCUUGUGACAUGCGUUAUUUCUUUGGCUGUAUGGACAUUGGCGUAUGACUAUGGCACAUUGAUGGCUUACGCUGCGCUGUUUGGUUUCUUUGGCGGAUCGUUUUAUGCACUAUGUGGUCCAAUUACCGUAUCAGUAGUCGGCUUAAAAAAGUACCCGUAUGCAUUUCCAUUGCUGAUGCUUACCAAUAUACCUGCUCUCUUUGGCCCGCCCAUUGUGAGUGCGAUUGAAAACGUAUCCACUGCACAGCCAUUUCUUACCUACAAGCUCUUUACGGGUCUCACGGCAUUUGCAUGUGCCGUUGUCACGAUCAUUCUACGUCUCCGUUUAUCUCGAAAGCUCAUCGCCAAAGUAUAA